UCUUUGCAAAAACCUUAUAGCGAUGUGAUCUACAGUGUAAAUUCCUCUCGUUUCUUCUCUUGACUUUAGAUUUUUUUUAAGCUAGGAAGCAAGAUAUUGCAGGAAGGUGAACAGCUCCAUCAGGCCAGGGCGACAGCACAGCGCUGGGCAGGAUUGGAGGGUCCGGGAAGGAACAAAGAAAAACUGAAGAGGAAAAGAAGGGGUGAGUGGGCGGAUGAGGGAUUGAAGCAGCACAGAGAACCUGGAGAGGAACAGAGGGACUUAAAGAGAGGAGGAGAAUACUAGUAACAAACGACAGAGGAGCUCAAAAGGAAUCCAAACAGCUCUGAGACAGUGUACGGCCCAGUAUGGAGGAUUUCAGACGGACCUACCUGCGUCUGUGUAAGGAGGGGGGCGUGGAGCCCCAGGAGUCAGUGUUAGCUCAGCUCCAGGAGACCAGGGGAGCCGCAGCAGGAUCCAGACUGGACCUGAGGGGACACAGCCUGUCUGUAGACACCUGUGCCGUGCUGGGGAGGGUCCUCCACAAAGACACACUCUUUACCGAGCUGGCCCUCAGUGACUGCAUGCUCACUGAGGAAGGUGCCAAGCUGCUCCUGAAUGGGUUGUGUGCCAACACUACUGUUAAAGUUCUGGAUCUGAAGGGAAAUAACUUGAGAUCAACAGGAGCUGAGGCUUUAGGGAAGCUGUUGGUGAGAAACAAGACACUGUGCAGGCUGGUGUUGGAGUGGAAUGCGUUGGGGAUGUGGGAGGAGGCGUUCUCAGUGUUCUGUGAGGGUUUGGCCACCAACGCCUGUCUAACCCAGCUGGACCUGCGCAACAACCAGAUCAACCACCAGGGGGCCUCAGAGCUCUGCCUGGCCCUCAAGCGGAACAGCACCCUGCAGGAACUGGAUGUGAGGUGGAACAACAUUGGUCUGCUGGGUGGCCGGUCCUUCCUGGAGGCUCUACAGCAGAACAGGACCCUGACACACCUGGAGAUGGCUGGAAACAACAUCCCCAGCGACACACUCAAAGCCCUCGAGCAGGCGAUGGAUCAUAACUCGGACAGGCAGUCCACUGUGAGAGAGAGCCGCAGCAGAACCCAAGUCCUCAGCAAGGAGAUCCAGAUCCUCAAGGAGGAGAAGGGACGCCAGUUCCUGAGUCUGAUGGAGACCAUAGACAAACAGAGAGACGAGAUGGGCCGAAGCACCAGGUCAGCGACCACAUCUAUCCAUGUGGGUCAGCUACAGGAGGCCCUGAACGAGAGGAAGUCUGUCGUCAACUCUCUCACAGCCAAAUUCCAGAUGACGGAGGCAGCACUGGCCAUGUCGGAACAGAAGAACCACAACCUGGGAGAGCUGCUGACCAGGGUGAAGACUGAGAAAGAGGAGCAGAGAGAACGACAGAGCAGGGAGAGGAAGAAAGAACAAGAGGACAGUGCUCUGAGGGAGGGGAAGCUCCUCAGAGAGAUGAACAGUAUGUCGGAGACAAACGUACAGCUCAAGAAUAAGUUGGAGAAGAUGGAGAGCAGGUGUAAGUCUCAGCAGGACCAGAUUUUUGAGCUGAAGCAGGAGCUCACCAACAGCACAGCAGAGCUAAAGCUACGGCUAGCACAGGCAGAAGAGCGUUUGGAGAUGGAGAAGAAGAGAUCUAAACAGUCUCUGGAGGACAUGAAUAACCUUCGACAGAAAGAGGUGGACCAUGUGAAUCGUCACCUUGAGGAGAGUGAGAGGGCUCUACAGGACCGGAUCCUCAAACUGGAGGGACAGCGGAUACAGCUGGAGGAGGAGUUGAGCAGGGCCAAGGCAGCCUGUGUUACAGAGAGAGCCCAGGCAGAGGAGGAACUGGGGAAGGUGCGGCUACAGGUUCGCCUGGAGGAGCAGCAGCGUGUGAGUGGGUUAGAGGAGAAGCUGCGUGGGUUGCGUCAGUCCCGUGAUGAGUCCCAGAGCCACUGUUCCCAGCAGAAACAGACCAUAGCUGAGCUGCAGGCUCGUAGCGGACAGCAGAGCAUCGAGACAGARGGACUACGACGCAGGAUAGAGGAGCUGCAGCAGGAGUUGUCUGGUAAGGACCAGGAGAAGGUUGCAGAGGUGAGUCGGGUCAGGGUGGAGCUACAGGAGCAGAUGGGACACCUGCAGGCUGAGAGGACCGCACAGGGAGGACUGAAGGAGAAGAUAGCUGCUCUGGAGAGAGAGAUGAAAGUGCUGGCCAGUAACCACAGAGAGGCCAUCCUGGACAAGGAGAGUGAGAUAUCAUCUCUGUUUGAGAAGCUGAGACUGAGAGAGGCAGAGAUCCAGAGGAUGAGAGAGGACGAGGCCCAGAGAGCUAGCUUCCUCCAGAACGCUAUACUCACAUACGUACAGGGGUCACCGCUGCACUACAGUCCUAAGAAAUGACCUCUGACAUCUAACCUUUGACCCUUCCCAUCCUUAUGUAGGGACUAAGUACAGGGGUCACCACGGGUUUUGCAGUCCCAAGAAAUAACUUCUGACCCCUAACCCUUGUCCUAUUUACCCCUACAACCUUGUGCCCAUACACCCUCACAAACGUGGGAUACUAAAGUGACCCAAACCUUUCUAUUACACCCAUACUCCAUGUGUUCCUCUCCGGUCUUUCCGCUCUCCCCUUUGGUCCCUCAACUACCCCAGCACAAAAUAUCAACAGCACAGAUAUUCACCUCUAGACAUCCGCAGCUUCGGGUGUACAGUGCAUUCGUAAAGUAUUCAGACCCCUUGAAUUUUUCCACAUUUUGUUACGUUACAGCCUU